AUGUUUCAUUGUAAUCUUAUCGCGCUAUUUCUCAAUACUGAAGCAACACAAUUGCUGUGUCUUAUCACACGACUAUUGAUUAUUUUGUCAGAACUUGGCUUCCCAGUAUGUAUUGACGUGGAACAUUUUUAUGAUGUUAACGGAGGAGGUCAGAAGAAUCCCAAAAAUUUUUCAGCAAUGUUUUCGCUGGCCGUCAGUUUAAUUUCAAUCGUUGCGGAGCGAACUGCCUCAACACUAUUGGUUCGAAAAUAUGAAAAAUUUUGUGCCAGGAUACCUUAUCUCGGAUUAGCAAUCAUUACUGUACAAUGGACUAUAUGUCUCGCAGCACUAAUUGCACUGCAUGAUCAGUCUGGUCCGUGGAUAACGAAACUGAUUUCGUCAGUCAUUUAUACCUGUCACGGUGCUGCUUUAUUGGUAUUUCUUCUACUACCGUAUGUAUCGAAACGGAUCGUGCAGAAGGAAAUGGAUACGCAUGAUUUAAGCAUUCGCUAUCAAUCGGUGGAAAAUAUGCGUUCCGCGAAUUUGCUGCGCGCUUGUAUCGCCAUUAUUGCCGUGUUGUCGAACAUCGCCAAUACUUGUGUCCUGCUGACCACUAUAGUACCACCGGAAUAUACUACCCUAUGCAUAUUCAUUUUUUACACAACAGCACCUACACAGGUGAGCAGUCAGAUUUAUACAUAUGUGAAAAUUAAUUUAAAACAGAAAUUUCGCUAA